AUUCAAUGCGUUUGUCCAAUAACUUCAUACGUAACCUGGGCUGAACAGGCUCUAAAGGCUGAUUUAUGGUUCCGCGUAAAAUCGACGCAGAGCCUACGGCGUAGGGUACGCGUCGAUUUAACGCAGGACCAUAAAUCAGGCUUAAAGGGAAAGGAACUGCGAAGCGGUGUACAUUCAGCAGUGUGGCAGCAGGGCUAUCAACACAUUGAUGAUUAUUAUUAUAUUUGGUUCUUUUAGUAUGAGCGCCUUGUCAGCCCAAACUGCAGCUUCAAGCUCUUCAUGCAGGACGCUACCCGGAGAGGGCAAUCAGGUACAACCAAAAGCCCCUCUCCUGCAAAUUCUGCGUGUAGCCGGAGCCCAGGAAGAUGUUUUCACACUCAAACAGGUGAUGCAUUAUUUGGGUCAAUACAUCAUGGGGAGACAACUGUAUGACAAGCAGAGGCAGCACAUAGUCCAUUGCCAGGAUGAUCCCUUGGGAGAACUGCUGGAAGUUGAGAGCUUCUCUGUCAAAAAUCCAAGCCCAGUGUACGAAAUGCUCAAGAAAUACUUGGUUGUGCUUGAUUGUGCUGACGCUGCAGAGAAUCUUUCUGUGGGCCGUGAAUGUGUAGAGGGCGGAGUGGAGGAUCGUGGUCAGAUGUGUGGAGGUGUGGCUAAAGCAGGAGUGAUGGCCAGCAGUGAUGGGCCUCUCCUGCAGACACCCUCCCAGAGACGACCGCGGGAGCCAGAUGACGAAUCUAUCGAAGGCCUUCCACGCUCAGCCUGCAAACGUGCCAAACUGGAUGUUACUCUGGAUGAGUGGGACCUCUCGGGUCUACCCUGGUGGUUUUUGGGUAAUCUCCGCAACAACUACAGUCGUAGGAGCAAUGGCUCCACUGACAUCCAUACGAAUCAAGUCUCCCAUGCACAGGAGGAGGACACAGCUAUUGUGUCAGAUACAACAGAUGACCUCUGGUUCCUGACUGAGGGUGAGAGUGAACAAGUGAGCGUAGAGAUGAAAGAAGCUGCACUGGAAGAAGGUAGCGGAGGAGAAGGAGAAUGCUCACUCGAGGAGGACUUGGGCGGAGGGAAGGAGGAGAAGUCUGAUCGAGAGAUGCACGAGGAGCCAGAUGAAGACUCUCAGUGUCUCAGCGAUGACACCGAUACAGAGAUAUCUAGACAGGAUGCAUGGCAGUGUACAGAGUGCAAGAAAUAUAACAUACCUGUCCAGAGGUAUUGCGUUCGCUGCUGGGCUUUGCGGAAAAACUGGUUCAAAGAUGUCCCUCGACUUGCCCAUUCCCUGUCUGUCCCUGACAUCCCAGCAUGUAGCUCUCUCACCACCCAUGAUGAUGAAGAUGACAGUGACACGGGCAUCGAUGUCCCAGACUGCAGCAGAACAGUGUCAGAUCCAGUCAUCCUGCCCUCACACUCCACAGCUGACCGACCGCUGCCCACUGUGGUUACGGGUAAAGGCAAGGGUCCGCGGCCUUUUAGCUUCCACAAGGAUGAGCUUCUCUCAGAGGGUGAGAGUCAAGAAAGUCUGGGCAUGGAGGUUGAAGACAUUCGGCCCGAGGCACUGAUGGAGCCAUGUAAGCUCUGUCGAGUGAGACCACGUAAUGGAAAUAUAAUACAUGGACGUACAGCUCACCUGCUUACAUGCUUCCCAUGUGCAAGACGGUUACAUAAGUUCCAGGCUCCCUGUCCAGGAUGUGGAAAAAUUAUUCAAAAGGUUAUCAAGAUAUUCAUCCUUUGAGAAGCACAGAAAUGCAUUUGUUAGGUUGUGAGGACCUGAACCAAAAAUACAACUACAACAGAAAAGAAAAGAAAAGAAAAUGCCAAACACAGUUAAACAUAUUCAGCUAUACAGGUGCAUGCUGGUAUAUACGAAGAAAAGUUGUUCACCUUACCCUUCCUGAAAACCUAUAAAGAUAAACCCAAAAUAUAGCACUUGGUGAAUCUUGCUUUUCGUUGCAAGGUUUAUUUUGCUGAGCACUGGUUACGAGAUAUUGUUGGAUCAAACCGUAAGCAAGAAUUUGACAGCAAAUGUUUGUUUUGCUGCUACAUUUAAAUGAGGGACCAGGGCACAGUUAUAUUUAUUUACUGCUUACAUAGUGCACAGUUUUUGUGAACUGAGUUUUUGUUUUUUUCUUUUAUAAUUGUCAUGAAGGUUUUUUUUUUUCCUCUUUUCUUUGAAUUAUGUUAAUGGAGGCAUUGGAAAUCAGGCAUAGAGUUUUGAAAACUUCAUUUUAUUUAUCUAUUUUGUUUAAAUCAUUUUAAAAAUAAUUCCUUUUGUGCCUCCCCAGAUGUUGUGAGCUUAGUAAUAUGCACAAGAUGGAGCAAAUGUGCCCCUAAAAAACAGUUUUCUUUUUAUAUGCUUAGCCUCCUUGAGAAUGCACCGAUGAAGUACUUUUCUCUUUGCAAAUCGAUGUUUUUGUUCAAUAUUUACUCUACCUAUAGUUAUGCCUGCAGUAAGUUAUUUCAUAAUUGUUGAUCCAUGUUAAAAUAUCAUUCAGUGGUCUUUACAUAGAACAUUCACGAGAAAAGCUUUAUGUAUAUUUUGUAUUUAAUUUAUUUAUGAUUCAGUCUUAAUUGUGACCACCACAGUUGAACAGAAAAGCUACAGUUGAAUUAAUGUUCUAAUUUGUAGUUUGCAUUUGUGAAUUACUUAAUGAUGAAGUAAAAACGGUCUGAGUUACAAUUGUACAGGAAGCGACAGCAAAGUACUUAUGGAACAUCUGAAAGAAGCAUAACACUGCCAUGUGAUACCUUCGUUUUAUUGUAUGUUUUAUUUUGAUGGUUUUCAUGAUCGGGAUUUUGAAUUGCUGGACCACAUACAUGCCAUUUAUUUGAGUGAUUCUAUCAACUGUCUACGGCUAGAAAGUGUACGCUCUCUGUGCUCUAUAUUUCUCACAUGUAAAAAAUGUCCAGUUCCAGAAGACAUGCAUCUCUUACUUCUGCUCGGUGGGUGCAUCGUAGUUUGGUGAUCUACUGGUUACUUGUGUUUAACCUUUUUGCCAGCAGGUGGAGAUGAGUUGUAGUUUUGUAACUGCUGCUUACAGAAACUACUAAGCAAGGAAUCAUCUAUAUUGCACAUAUUUGCAGCAUGCCUCUCGUCAUGACUAGAACCUGAACGGAGCUUGUUUUAGAGCUGUCUUAUGUGUCAAAACUGCAAAAGAUUAACAAAUAUUGUUGUAUUUUUUUGGAAUCAGUAUAACCUCACCAGAAACUUCUAGCAGAUACUGACCUCAUGUAAAUGGCAUAACUCAUAUUAGAAAUAGUGAUCCAAAUUUACAGAAUUAAUAGUUAGUUAUUGGAACUGAGAUUUUAAUGUCCUCAAACAUGGUACAAAUGUUUUUGUUUCGUGUUACAGCUUAUAUUUUGUUUUGUUUUUAAGCAAUAAAGAUUUGGGAGUGCUUUA